AUAAUUCUGUUGACAAAAAACAUCGUGUGUUCAGUUAAUCGAUACACACGCAUCUCAAAUGUGCAGCCCGGCUCAAUAUUAUAAAAAAAUAAGGUUGUUUCAUGAAAUCGAGAGCAACACUUUGCUCGGAAUGCACUGAAUGUGUUAUUUUUUGUUAUUUUCAUAAAAUAUUAAAGAAUACCAACAUAAAUUUCAAUACAAAUUCAAAUAAAGCACAUAAAUAUAUUACUUACACAUGAAAUUCUGAUACAACCGUAUUAUUAUUAAAUAUGACGUCACAAUCCACAAACAGAAAAUGCAUUCGCGCAACACGUAACCUUGGCCCUUGUCAGCGUAAUUUAUGUAAAUUACAAGUGCACAAAUAGCAUUCAAUAUAGUAAGUGCAUAAAAAAUGGAUGCCGACAGCAGUUCACGUUCACCAAGAGUGACAAAAUGUGAAAGUGAUUUGCAAUGGCAAGCCAAAAAGGACGCGCAGCAUAUUCCAAAAGCGUAAUGCACAGACGGAUCUACUAAAGACGAUAUUCUGGAUAUAAACAUACGAGAAGGCGUGCACGCCCCAAGGAAAAGGUGCCAUAUUUUGCGGAUGAGGGAAGGGAACGUGAUCGAGUGAGGAAUCUGCGGCAUAGGAAAACAUCGAUAACACGCCCAACAACAUCACAUAGAGGAAGACCAAUGCGUGCCAGAUCCCGUUCAUAUUCAGCGGAACGUAAUUGCUGCCAGCGACGUCGCCGUUCCAGGAGCUGCGAACGUCGUCACAGCGACACUCGCCAUAAGCUAACCACAGCAACAGUUACAAAGCAGCGUCGACGUCGCAGCCGCAGCCGCAGUCGGAGUCGGUCGCGAACGCCACGUAUUAUAACGGUACCCGUGCCAGUGCCUGCUGCCGAUUAUCCAUAUGCCUACGCUUGGCCACCGCCGCCGCAGCGUCCACAAUUUAAUCCCAUGUAUGGCGCCGUGCCAUACGGUAUGCCAUCGCGCCCUGUGUAUCCUGCGCAUCCUUAUUUUGCUCCUUACCCACGACCGCGGCUAACAUUUCCUUAUCGAGCUCCUCCAUUUCGACCGCAUCCCCGAUUCAGCUACAGAAAUCAACGACCGGCGCCGAAUUGAAUUUUUUAAACUUUACAUAAUUACAAAUUUAUUUACUCAACUGCUAUAUACA